GUCGGCGGCAAGCAAAACAAAAUUCCGGCACCGUUAAAUACUUGAACCCAGUCCCACUGCGACGGUACGGAAUCCGCUUCCAACACUGAGACGGAAAAGUCUCCUUAAUUGACUGAAACUCCCUAAAAACCCUCAAUUCUCAGCGCCAUUGCUGCUCAGCUUUCAUAAUUGACCAUGGAUAUCGACGUCCCUGAGUACAAACUAAGUUCCCAGCUCCGCGGCCACGAAGACGACGCUCGUGGAAUUUGCAUUUGUGACAAUUUUGGCAUCGCUACAUCAUCGAGAGAUAAGACGAUUAGGUUCUGGACUCUGGAUGAAUCAAACAAGCGGGAUUACACCUCUUCGAAGAUUCUUUUAGGUCAUACAAGCUUUGUUGGGCCUGUGGCUUGGAUUUCGCCCAAUGAUGAGUUUCCAGAAGGCGGUCUUGUGUCGGGUGGGAUGGAUACGCUUGUUUUGGUGUGGAAUUUGGCAUCUGGAGAGAUAGUUCAGACAUUGAAGGGGCAUUCGCUCCAGGUUACUGGUGUUGCUCUGGAUGGCUCAGACGUGGUGUCUUCUUCCAUUGAUUGUUCAUUGAGGAGAUGGAAGAAUGGCCAACAAGUUGAAGUUUGGGAAGCACAUAAAGCAGCAGUCCAAGCAAUAAUUAGGUUACCUUCCGGAGAACUUGUCACCGGUUCUAGCGACAUGACCUUAAAGCUUUGGAAAGGGAGGAGCUGUGUGCAUACCUAUGUUGGGCAUACAGACACGGUUCGGGGCUUGGCUGUGAUGCCUGGUUUAGGAAUUGUUUCUGCAUCCCAUGAUGGCUCCAUCAGGUUGUGGGCAGUUAGUGGUGAGCUCCUAAUGGAGAUGGUUGGUCACACUGCUCUUGUCUAUUCUGUAGAUACCCAUAAUUCUGGGCUUAUUGUCAGUGGCAGCGAAGACAAUUUCGCUAAAAUUUGGAAAGAUGGAGUAUGUAUUCAAAGCAUAGAGCAUCCUGGUUGUGUUUGGGAUGCAAAGUUCUUGGAGAAUGGAAACAUUGUGACUGCAUGUUCUGAUGGGGUUGUCCGCAUUUGGACAGUUCAUCACGAUAAGGUGGCUGAUUCAGUGGAACUUGAAGCUUAUACUUCUCUAGUUUCUCAGUACAAAAUUAGUAGGAAGAGAGUUGGGGGACUGAAAUUGGAAGAGCUACCGGGGCUUGAGGCUCUGCAGACUCCAGGAACCAGUGAUGGUCAGACGAAAGUUGUGAGAGAAGGAGACAAUGGUGUGGCAUAUGCAUGGAAUGCAAAAGAGUACAAGUGGGACAAAAUUGGAGAAGUUGUGGAUGGACCUGAUGAUAGCUUGGCUCGGCCUAUUCUAGAGGGCAUUCAGUAUGAUUAUGUAUUUGAUGUUGACAUUGGAGAUGGAGAACCAAUACGAAAGCUGCCAUACAAUCGCUCAGAUAACCCCUAUGAUGCUGCUGAUAGGUGGCUACUUAAAGAGAAUCUACCUCUGUCCUACCGCCAGCAGAUUGUGGAGUUUAUACUGCAAAAUACUGGGCAAAGGGACUUCUCUCUGGAUCCGUCAUUCCGUGACCCUUUUACUGGAGCCAGCGCUUACAUCCCUGGACAACCUUCAAAGUCUGACGCUUUUUCUGCUAAGCCUACCUACAAGCACAUUCCUAAGAGAGGAAUGCUUAUCUUUGAUUCAGCCCAAUACGAUGGGAUCCUGAAGAAAAUUUCAGAGUUUAACCACUCGCUACUAUCGAACGUGGAUAAUAAGCACCUUUCGUUGUCUGAGGUUGACAUGUCACGAUUGGGAGUCAUCAUUAAAAUUUUGAGAGAGACAUCACGAUAUCAUAGCAGCAAAUUUUCAGAUGAUGAUGUUGAAUUAGUAGUGAAGUUGCUUCACUCUUGGCCUGUAGAAAUGUUGUUUCCAGUGAUUGAUCUUUUGAGGAUGAUUGUGUUGCACCCUGAUGGAGCCACUAUCCUUCUUAAGCAAGUCAAUACUGGAAACGAUGUUGUUAUGGAGCUCAUUAAGAAGGUCACUAGAAGUUCUCCUCUUCCACCAAAUCUUCUGACCAGCAUCCGUGUUGUAACAAAUCUCUUCAGAAAUUCAAUAUUCCAUGACUGGUUACUGAAACAUUAUUCUGAGAUUAUCGAUGCGUUCGCCAGCAGUUACCUACCUUCAAAUAAAAAUGUUCAGUUGGCAUACUCAACACUCUUACUCAAUUAUGCUGUUUUACUGGUUGAGAAGAAGCAUGAAAGUGGCCAAUCUCAAGUUCUAUCGGCUGCAAUUGGGAUCGCAGAAGAAGAAACUAUUGAAGUUGAUACAAGAUAUCGGGUUCUGGUUGCCAUUGGAUCACUGAUGCUUGAAGGCCUUGUUAAGAAGCUAGCUUUGGACUUCGAUGUGGAAAACAUAGCUAAAGCAGCAAAAGCAUCCAAGGAUGCGAAGGUCGCCGAAGUUGGAGCAGACAUUGAAGCAAUAGUUAAGCAGAGAUGAACAUCAAUCUUUUCUGAUCCAACUGUUCAACUAAUGCUUACUGAAAUUUGGGCGGAAGUAUCCUUAUUGGAAUCAACAAAAACAAGGUACACGCAACCACAUAAUUCAUUUCUUCAUUUCAGAGGGUUCUCGGACUUUGUAUUUUCACUUGGAAAUGAAAAUGGGUGGUUUCAAGUUCAGCUUCCCGGUCAUGUAAUUGUACUCCUAUGCAAGUGAAGCUGACAUUUACAUUUUGUUAAAGGAUAUUGGCAUCAUUUCUCAAUCUAUAAUGUCAUGCAAUACUUUUCUUGCCAGAAAUGAUCGAUGCUCGUAAUUUUUGGGGCUGAAGUCUGUUAUACUAUAUUGGUUUCUUUUCUUUCCGUUCAUAUUUUCAGGUCGCAAUGCAAUGUGUGUGUGUG